GCACAGCUGUUUGCUCAAAACAAAUUGCAAAUAUUUCCCAAGUAAUUUGGCAUAGACUCGAAAAGCGCUUAACAACCAAUGCGCAUGCAGCGUGUUAACAAUUUGGACGCUGUAGCACGGCAGCAUCAGCAACAACGAAAGCAUUGUUUUCAGAUUUGACGCAGCCAACUGCCUGGAAAAACCGCUGGCAAUGAUGCCGAUGCCCAUGCCCGCAUACGCAUACGAUGUGGCCAGCCGCACUCACACGCUUGCUAAGAAGACGCAUUAUUUAUAUAAUUCUAGUACUGCUGGCCCUUCUCUACAUAUUCGAAAGCCUCUUUGAUCGGCAGAAGGGUGCCUUUAGCGCGCUACAUUACGAUGAGUAUAAAGCCCAACGAACACGUCCGCUGCUUUGGCAGCAACAGUUGCUGCUGCCGGAAGAACAUCUCAAUCGAACCCGCGAUCCCGAUUUACGUUGUCGCAACUCGGUGCAGGGGAGUCAACUGCUGGCCGAUGAGCGUGGUUUCGUAUGUUUACGUGAGCAGAUGCUGGCCAAUGGCUGUUGUAACGUGGAGCUGCCCGGAAUUAGCUACUAUAGCUGCCACAGUUGCAACUCCACAUCGCACUGCUGCGGCGUCUAUGAAUACUGUGUGUCCUGUUGCCUGCAUCCGAACAAGCGGUCGCUGCUGGAGCAGGUGCUGCAGGCGCAAGACACACAAAAAUACAUCUAUGCCAGCGUGGUGGAUCACUUUGAGCUGUGCCUCGUCAAGUGCCGCACCAAUUCACACUCUGUCGAGCACGAGAACAAGUACCGCAACGAAGCAGCCAAGUAUUGCUAUGGUACCACCGAGGCGCACGAGUCGCAGCGCGAAGUGGCGCCCAGGGGUGGCCAGGGUUAGUCAGAUCACAGCCCAAAGGCAAGUGCAAUCUCUAUAUCUCUUUGUUCGAUUGUUUAGAUGCUUAAUAUUGAAUUAUUUCGUAAUUGUCAUGGGCUAUUGCUUUGAUUGUCCAAAUUAAAAUGAAUGGACGGGUCAAGGGUUAAAAUCUCUCAACAGAUUCCUUGUUGUUGGUACAAUUCGCAAUUCGAUAGAGUUCUUAGUAUAAUUCGCAAUCCUAAACAGUUGAGGUGUUUAUGGAGCAAUAAAUGCUCGAUUUUUGUUUUAUCUCAGGUUUUUGACAUAAUCUUUUAAGUUGCCAAGUACAAUGGAUCCACAAUUCAGUCUGGGUGUUAUGAACAAUUUUCUGAAAUCUAUAUAUAUAUAUAUAUAUAUAUAAUUAU